AUGUCAAAAGCGGGAAAACAAGGAAUCGAUGAUCUAUAUGAAGUCCCAACCACUACAAAAUGGACAACACGAAAGAAAGUUAUUGUGGGUGUAGGUAUAGCUGCAGCUGUAAUCGUAGUAGUCGCUGUUGCAGUGGUUCUUGGUGUGCUACUUUCGCGAAAAGGAGAUACUACAGCAACAAGUGAUGCUUCAGUUGUUUCUGUCUAUUGGUCUUUGGAUGGUGUGACAUCAGAUUCAUCAAAUACUUAUAAUGGUACAUUAGUGAAUAGUGCAUCCUAUUUCUCACAAUCAAAUACGCAACCAUUUGUUGCUUACGGCCGAGGACUUAGUUUAUCAUCAACAUCAUCGCAAUAUAUGACCGUUUCAAGCCCAUUUCUUGACCUUAGUUCUAGAAGUUUUACCAUUGAAGCAUGGAUUUUUUCAUCAACCGUUUAUUCUGGUGAUUAUGGUAUAUUUGGUCAAUGCCAAUGUAGUACAUGCUCUAACCAAUGUUUAUAUUUUCUUGUUCGAGGAAGUUAUUUAUAUGCUGGUUUUACAUCAAACGAUAUAAGUGGUUUAACAAAUAUAAGCAAUAGUCUGUGGUAUCAUGUUGCUUUUGUUUAUAAUUAUAAUACAAAACAACAAAUCUUGUAUGUUAAUGGAGUACAAGAUAAUAUCAAAUCAAGUGCUAGUGCUUAUCAAGGAACUAAUGGAACAAUCAACAUUGGUUCAACAAUUGUUCUUUCAGUAAGGAGCUAUUUCAACGGUUAUAUUGAUAAUGUAAAAAUAACCACACGUGCAAAAACAUCUAGUGAACUUCUUACUACUGCUACAUUAGCCGGUUAUUUUGCAUUCGAUGCCUCUGCUCCAUAUAAUGAUAAUGGUCCCAAUGGUUUUAAUGGAACACAAAACAAUGCGGCAAUAACUUCUGGUCGUGUCAAUGAAGCAAUACGUUUUACUGGUUCAUCGUCUUAUUUUUCUGCAUAUGGUUUUUUUCAAGUUGGUUAUGGAGUUUAUGCAAAUAGACCAUUUUCAGUUUCUUUAUGGAUAAAUCCAUCAGCAAUUACUUCUUGUACUAUAGUACAAUUUGCUUAUUCUUUAACAAAUUGGGCAUGUCACAAUUUAAUUGGUAUUUGGACCUAUUCUAAUUCAGUGGGACAAAUUCAUGUUCAAGGAUGGUCUUGGCCGAUAAUUCUUGGUUCAUAUCUUACCGUAAAUACUUGGACACAUGUUUCAGUAACAUAUAGUUACACAAACGGACUUCGUUUAUAUGUUAAUGGAGUCUAUUUUGGUAAUACUGGUAGUUUUUCAUUUAGUAAUUCUGGUUAUAUAACAUAUUUAACAUUGGGAUACAUGUAUUAUUGUUCAUCAGGCAGUAUUUCAAAUAAUGGUUAUCAAGGCUCGGUGGAUGAAGUAUAUAUACACAGUCGUGAAAUCACACAAGCUGAAGUUACGGCACUUGCUAAUCCAUAA